UGUCGUUGCCGUUGAAACCGUCUAUACAGGCUAUGCUCUGGGGCUGGGCGGACAGGAGGAAUAGGCCGUUUCUUUCUUUGAAUUCAACUGAUUACUGUACUUACUCAAGAGGGGUCAUGCCGAGUAUGUAGAGGAAGAAGAGUUUGUUGGAGUUUUCUGCCAAAGCAUCUUAAGUCUCCGUCAAACAGAUCAUCUAAAGGCAGGGAACCUGCCAUCAGGAUAUGAAAUAGCCUUUAUAUGCAUAUAAACAGAGACCUAAAGUACCUCUCAGUGAACAGGAAUGCAAGUACCGGGAUCUAAUUCAUUAUUUAAUGUGAAGUUGUAAAGAAAGAAAUAGCUUCAUGAAAUCUGAGGGUGAAACAUUUUCCUUCACUUUGAUGGACUAAAAUGGACUAAAUAAUCCUUGUUUGCAUUUUAUAUGGACAUGUUAUUGCUGAGGACCAUUAUAUCCACCAUUGCUGUCAUCAUUGCUACUAAUUUUGAACUUUGCUUCUGUGGAUGUGCCCGUGCUGAAUAUGAUAUAAAUGGAGAAUGCUGCCCCAUGUGUGCCCCUGGGAACCGUGUUUAUUGGCAUUGUACUAUAGACACAAGUACAACAUGUGUUCCUUGUCCUGCAUCAACUUACACAGAUGAAUCCAAUGGACUCACAAAAUGUUUUUCCUGCACUGUGUGUGACACAGUCCAACAAUUAAAAGUGAAAAAGGCCUGUACACGCUCUGCAGAUACAAUUUGUGAGCCUAAGGAAGGAUUCCAUUGCAUUAAACUAAAUAAAGACUCCUGUGCAUUAGCAGUGGAACACACUGAAUGUAAACCUGGACAAUAUAUUAAACAAACAGGAACAGCAUUUACAGAUACUGUAUGUGCUGGCUGCACAGAUGGAACUUAUUCAAAUGGCUCUCUGAUGGCCUGCCUACCACAUUCAAAAUGUGAGACUAUGGGACUUACAGAAAUAAAAGCAGGAACAACAUCCUCUGAUGCUGAAUGUGAGAAAGUGACUUCAGUUGGUCUUAUAGUUGGAGUCACAAUUACAGUUCUUGUAGCUGUAGCUGUGACAUUAUUAGCAUGCAUCACAUACAGAAAACAUAAAGCAAGGCACUCUAACAAAAGUGUCUGUUACACCCCACAACAAGCAACCGAGGAUGAUGAAUCGAAAUGGCCGACUCAGUUGGACCUACUUUGAUAAACCAGUAUUAACAGGUAAGAGCCAAAAGCUGAUCAAUAGGAUCUUUAUAUUAUAGUAUAGUAUAGUAUAGUAUAUAAGAGUGCUCACAUGAAACCUGUUGUGUAGUUCUUCCUUUGAAAAAGUGCUUUCUAGUAAAGGUCCUGACAUUUCAGAAUCUAUGACCCAGAAUCUCCAAAUGACAACCAUUUAUUUUUCAGCACUGAUUUUUCUUAAAAAAAAACAAAAGAAACUAAAUAAAUGACUACUAUAGAGUGCAUUCAAUUGACUUAAAUUGACUUGGGGAAAAAAUAAGAUAUAAAUUGUAUGACAUGACAAUUUAAUUAUUAAUGAAAUAAUGUUCAUGUAAUUAUUUUCAGAUAUUGUUGUCUAGACUAGUGAGAGGGAAAAGCUUUUCUAAACUCUGAAUCAGUUGAAUCAAGUGCUUUGCAAAAUGAUUUGCUCUUUCAAAUCACUUGAAGCAGCACAUUCUGGUGGCACCUAUAGUCAAAACAACAUAAGGAGAACACCACACGAAUGUGUAAUGACACCUUUUGCAAAUUGUUAAGGUUUUCAUAAAAGUAUAAUCUAUCAAAUCAUUAAAUAUCAUAAAACAUGAAGUGUAUGUUUUUGUGUUCUUUUAUUGAUUUUAGUGUUUGUUUUGUGGUUUUUGAGAGGGCUUGCUAUCAGGCCAAUCUGAGACAAGGCCUAUAUAACAUCACUCUCUAUUUUUCCAUAUAUGACUGUCAUUAAAACUGAACCUACAUUAUAAAGCUCACUGAUCAGUUAAAACCAUAUUUCUGCUUCAUUGGUCAACAAGAUCCACGACCUUUGUGAACCAUCAAAAUGUACAAAUG